CUUACAAAAUGUCAGGUUGAUUCCAAAACUGAAGACAAAGUUUAUCUUUGUCGGACAAUUGGAUGAACAGGGACUAGAUGUCAAGUUUGGUGGUGGAAAAUGGAAGGUGAUCAAAGGAAAUUUGGUUAUUGCUCGAGGCUUGAAAAGAGGAUUGUUAUACAUGGUACCGUCUCAGGGAGUGACCAACCCGGUAAAGACGGUUAACAAAGUCGGGCUCACUAAAUCGGGCAGAGCUAAGAAGGUUCAUUUCGCAAAUGUGAAUCUUGGAGUUUUGGGGAUGUCAGCUGAGUGUGUUCGGAUGUCUGAAUCAGGCCAGGGGUUACGUGACAGUGGGAGCAUGGGAUGUGUUCCAGGUACAAUUCUGAAAUGCCGUUGGGUUUUGAAGACCAAGAAUCCAAAUAUUAAAAUCUCUCCUGGGAAUAGUUUGCUGGAUCUGGAGAGUGGUAAUGGUCCUCGGUGUAUCUCUGGAUCUGGUGGAUUGUGCAAGCCGGUUGAGACAUGUGGCGGUUACAGCCACGACUGGGUUGGAGCUCGGUGGAGCUUCAACUGUCCUUUCAGGUUAUUAAUGAAUGGGGUGGCUGCAACUAGGGGAUAUAACUGGAGUCUUAACUUGUUCUUGGGAACUGGAGGCUUGGAGGACUGGACAGUGAAGAUGACUCAGUUACUGACGAUGGGUUUACUUGGAUAGCAUCUGUGUCUAUGCAAAAGCCUUCAAGUGGGAGAUUGUUGGGUUAUUCGGUAAAGGCUUUAGAACUUUGGGCUUUUUAACCCGGUCGGCUAAAGGGAAGAAACAUUGGUGGCCCAUUUCAGUUAUUAAUUAAAGGGUCCAUUAGUCGUUUCUUGUUUAACAAGUUGUUGCCUUUAGUUUAUAUCUUAUAAAUAUACCCAAUCAUGUAUCUAUAAUCUGUGAGCACCUAAUAAAAGAUAAACCCUAGU